CCCGGAGUUGGUGGGGGAGGACGGAGCGGUGCAAAGGGAAGCGCUGCGGAGCCGAGCCAUGGAGAGCAGCAGCCUCCAGUGUGCAAGGAACGGGCUGGAGGGUGUGAGGUUGGUGUGAGGAUCGGAGCUUUCCCUGGAUCUCUGGUGCGGGGAUUGCAUCCCGGGACCGUCUCCGCAGCUUACAGAGAUGAGAGCGGGUCCGGGGCUCGAGUGGGGGGCGGUCAGCCCUGAAGUUUGCCUUCCAGCCGCCCCGACCUUUAAUGAACAAAGUUAUCCGAGGGCGGCUGUCGGGCCAGAGGUGCUGGGCUGUGCUGAGAGUGGGCUGCGCGCCAGCCGGUCUACGACGGAGCUGCGCAAGGAGAAGUCGCGGGACGCGGCGCGAUGCCGGAGGAGCAAGGAGACCGAGGUGUUUUACCAGCUCGCCCACACCCUGCCCUUCGCCCGGGGGGUCAGCGCCCACCUGGACAAGGCCUCCAUCAUGCGCCUCACCAUCAGCUACCUGCGGAUGCACAAGCUCAUCACCUCGGAGGAGUGGCGAGGGCAGCCGGAGCAGGUGGAUGCCUGUUACCUGAAGGCCCUGGACGGUUUCGUCAUGGUGCUGACGGAGGAGGGCGACAUGGCUUACUUGUCGGAGAACGUCAGCAAGCACCUGGGGCUGACCCAGCUGGAGCUGAUUGGACACAGCAUCUUCGAUUUCAUCCACCCCUGUGACCAGGAGGAGCUGCAGGAUGUGCUGAGCCCCCGGCAGGGCUUCUCUAAGAAGAAGGACGUGAAGACCGAGCGCAGCUUCUCCCUGCGCAUGAAGAGCACCCUGACCAGCAGGGGGCGCACCGUCAACCUCAAGUCGGCCACCUGGAAGGUGCUGCAUUGUGCCGGCCACAUGCGAUCCUACACCCCGGUGCGGGAGGGCCCGGAGGAGGGAGAGGAGGGGUUCGCGGAGCCCCCCCUGCGCUGCCUGGUACUGAUCUGCGAGGCCAUCCCCCACCCCGCCAACAUCGAAACCCCCCUGGACAGCAGCACCUUCCUCAGCCAGCACAGCAUGGACAUGAAAUUCACCUACUGUGACGAGAGGAUCGCGGAGGUGGCGGGGUACACACCCGACGAAUUACUGGGCUGCUCCAUCUAUGAGUACAUCCACGCCCUGGACUCCGACGCCGUCAGCAAGAGCAUCCACACCCUGCUGAGCAAAGGGCAGGUGGUGACGGGCCAGUACCGCUUCCUGGCCAAGAGCGGGGGCUACCUGUGGGCCCAGACGCAGGCCACCGUUAUCUCCAACAGCAAGAACUCCCAGCCCGAGAGUGUCGUCUGCGUCCACUUCGUCCUCAGCCAGGUGGAGGAGACAGGCGUGGUUCUGUCGCUGGAGCAGACUGAACGCCAGGGUGAGGGGCGGCGCCUGCCCCCGGAGCCUGACCCUGCCUGCCAGGCCAACGGGAGCCCCGAGGAACUAGAGCCAGACACUGGGGAGACCGUUCUCAACCUCAGCUUCGAGCGGCACGGCCCCCGGCUCCUGGCCUUCCUGCGCCCGGCCCACGUGAGCGAGGGGGAGCUGCAGCGUGACCCGCGCCGGUUCUGCAGCCCCGACUUGCACCGGCUGCUGGGGCCCAUCUUCGACCCGCCUGGAGCCCGCGCCAACAGAGAGGGGGCCCUGCGGGCACGGUCCUCCCCCCGCCCGCCAGAGGCCAUCCUGCCGCCCCAGGACUCUGCCAAGAGUGCCGCCCCGGCCAAGCUGCUCUUUGACAUGGAGAACGUGCAGAAGCUCUUCGCCUCCACCCAGGAGGCCGUGGAGACAGCACUGCAGCAGGAUUACGAAGGGUUCGACCUGGAGAUGCUGGCUCCGUACAUCUCAAUGGACGACGAUUUCCAGCUCAGCAGCACCGACCAGCCCCCCUGGCUGGCUGAAAAACGGGGUGAUCCUGCCGCAGCCAGGGGAACAGGCCCCCCACCACCACCUGCCUCGCCCCCAUUGCGUCCUCGCUCCAGCAGCUUCCAUGGGGUGUCUGCCCGCGAACCCGACCUGCCUGGCCUGCCCCGCUGGGGCAGUGAGACCAGCCUGAGCCAGCCUCGGUCCCUCCAGCCCCCAGAGGAGGAGCCCAUGGAGCUGGAAGGGGCUGGGUCACCACCGACAGCGCCCCUAGGGGGCAACCACAGGGAUCACCCAGCCUCACACCUGGGGGCUAGGAAGAGGGCCUUGGAGCUAAACCUGGAGGAGGAAGGGGCUGACUUUCUGGAGGCGGCACCCCUGAAACGUGCCCAUGGCUCCGAGCCCGACAGCUUCCUGCUGCCCUCCCUUAACCUGGGUUUCCUGCUGAGUGUGGAGGAGGGGCUGAACGCCGGGGGCCCCCGGGGCAGCAUGGUGCUAGGGCGGAAGCUGCUGGCCCUGGAGGAACCAGCGGCCCUGCUGGGCGACAUGCUGCCCUUCGUGGUGGAUGGUCCAGUGCUCUCCCAGCUGGCCCUGUACGACGGCGAGGAUGAGGCCUUGGAGCAGAGCGGCGGGCACUUCCAGCCGGGCGAGGAGCUCCUGGGGGAGCUGGACCAGGCCACCUGAUGGGUCGGGCUCCCACCCGACGCUCCCACUCCGCAGAUGGGACAAACGGAACCAAACCCGACCCCAGCCCGUUCCGGGGGGAGGCACCUGUCUCUCCCCGACAUCCCCCCCACCAGCAACACUCACCUGCUCGCCUUCCCCUCCGGGGCCCAGAGAAUGCUACCUACCUCAGCCCUGCCCCCCAAACCGGGCCUUCUGUUCCUUAGGCCUCUUCCCCCCCAAAAAAUAUUGGGGUGCAUGAGGGAGCGGAGUUGACCAGCCCUGCCCUGUGGUGUGGGGAGGGGCGAAUCUCCCUUUUAAUGCCGUCCGCCCCUUAAUGGUGCUGGGGGAAAUCUGCCCCCUAGGGGUGACACUGGGGAUUGCAAUAGAAGCCAACCAAAUGGGGCAGGGGACAGUCCCCCAAUUCCCCCCCCUUGCCCCGUGCUCUGGAGCCGUGUCUGGAUCAGAGAGCCAGACUGUUGUGCUGGAUGGAUCUUGGCCCCAAUUGGGGCGGAUCCUGAUAGCUGGGGGAUGUUGGCGGGGCUGGUGAUGGGGAACGGACAGUACCCCUUGUCCUUCCGGUGCAGGGUGGGGUCCCUUCCCCCAAUGUGGUCGGGGGGGGGUCGGGAUUGGCUCUCCCUAUGUUCCACUCACCCCACCCCACCGGACCCCCCCAUCUUUCCCUGUCCUUGCUGGGACCACCGUGGGGGGUUGGGGUUGCUCAUACUCCCCCACCCCCCUCCAACCCCCGGUCCUUAACCAGAAUCCUCCUGGUGCCUCUUGCCACAUUUACCUCAGCAAUGCCAUCUCCUCUUGCCCCCCGGGGAGGAGAGGGAGCACAAUGGGGGGGCCGAGGGAUGAUACCCCAUCAAUUGCCAACUGGCAGCUAUUUCCCCCUGGCAGAAUUUGGCCCUAGAACCCCAAAUCUCUCCAUUUUUUUCAUGGCCAAAAUGGUGGCUUUGGUAGCCACAGUGCAAAUGCUGCAGAGGCCAAUUAAGCAGGCACAUCCCCCCCCCCCCCCCCCCCGGUCUUUCAGCCACUCAGGAUUGUAUUUCCAAAUCAGUUGCCCUGUCUGAGCCGCGUGGCCCCGAAUGGUCCUUUUCUAGCUGGCAGCUCCAACAGUUUGUAGCCACGGCCCCCUCGCUCUGCCUAAGAGGGGACCCCAUUUUCCGGGGGGAACCUGGAAUGGGGCGAUCCAUCGUGCACCCCAUGGGUUUCUUUAGCUUUCCAGGAUAUCUGGCAAGGGGAGGGGGGUGUUAUUUCAUAGGGGGGCAGAGAAUUCCCUUUUAAAACGGGUUAUUUUUAAGCUUUGUUUCUGGUUGAUUUGGGAGCAAGGGAAUCUCCUGCCGCCCUCUAGCGUCAGAUUCCAGCCUUGGGUCCAAUUCUGCUCACGCUGAGGCUGGAAGGGGGAGCAGCGCCAGCCGAGCGCCCCCCACUCUGCGGAUACCACACGCCCCGGAGCAUUGCCAGCUCCCUGUCCCCCAGUACUGCAAGGUGCCAGCUCACGAUGGCUCAUUCUCCCAGCCGCUUGGCACUGGGCUCUGCAUGAGCGGGGUGGGUGAUGUUGAACUGGGCGCGACGGGGUGAGGGGCUGCAGGAUCGGGACAGAAUCGGGUCCGCAAGGUCGAGUACGUUGAGAGAUGAGGGAUGUAGGCAGGGGAAAUUAUCCUGUCCCGAUCCCGGUGAAAUCUCACAGCAGGGUUUCAAACCUGCUCUGGACCCCCUUCCCACCAUGUUUCUUUCCUUCCCCUGCCCGCUUUGAACAAUUGUUCAGUCACGAUGGGAUGUUUUCCUAAAAGCUCUGCUCUCGUUCAAACAGGGCUGAAUCGAUCAGACUAGAGCGGUGGUUUUCAACCCAUGGGCCGCACACCCCUGGGGGUCCACAGCCUGAUUCCCAGAGGGGCCUGCACCUCCAUUCGAAAUGUUGUAGGAGUCUGUUGUGUUUUUACUGGUAGCCUUCUACUAGUCCAAUCUCGAAUGUGGAUGCAAUUACACUUGGAUUAAGUUAGACCCAUGUAGCGUAUUCCCCUUCCUAUACAGGAAUAAGCUAUCCCGGGAUAAACCCCUUUAUCCCAGGACAACUGAGUCCCCCCCUUGGGGGCGUUGUACUGCAUUAAUUACCCCGGUGCAGUUAAGGCAGAGCAAUUAUUGUGUGACAUAAACCUCUGGUUUCCCACCUAAUCCGUUCCACUUCUCCAGCCCUUGGCUUGCCAUGGGAGGAAAAUUGAACUAGAUGGAUGUUUAAAAUCCCUUUUUUCACUGAUCCCCUUAGCGGGAAAGUUUCACCAUGAUUUUAAUUCUUUGAAUGAAAGUUAGGGAUGGGGGGUUUAUUGGCUUUUUUUUUUCUUUGCCAAACCAAGAUGUGGGGACUUGCUUCAGUGGAAAAUCUCUCGUUUGGUAUUAAAUCAGACUUACAGGAAUGGUGGCAGGGGUGGGACAGGGGAUGACGCUUCCGCCCUGGUUCCUUGUGCCAUCGCUUGCGCUAGUGCAGAGCCUACGCUCCCAGCUGGGCAUGGUGGUGUGUCAAGCUUGCUGGGCACCAGGGUCGAUGGUUGCACAAGGCGCGAUUCAAGCCCCGUUUUUUUCCCUUACUGGCGGUGGGUUUUCUUUUUCUUUUUCCCCAGAUGUUCCCUUUAAGCAAUGAUGGACACGACUCCUCUACCUCCCCCUUCCUACCGUAUUUCCCUGCGGGGCUUGCCCCCCCGGCGUUAUCUUUCCCGAUGCCAGUUGCCGGGAAGUAGAGUUGCCAAUUUUGAUGGGACGUGUUUCUGGAGGCUUGAUCACGUGACAUAAUCUUUAAUUAAAGAUUCAUCUGGAGACCCCAGGGGACAAUCCCAGAUGGUGGGCAACCCUAGCGGGAAGUGGGGUGAGGGAGGGGAAAGAGGGGGCUGAGCUGAGCCCCAGGUGGGGCGCUGGGUUUCAAGGCCGACUGUUAAUUGCGUUGCAAACACAACACACCCACCCACGCGCACAAUCUGUAGACGGGCACCGCCCAUGCAGGCAGCUGUUCAGAGCCGCACAUGGCCACACGCACAGACCGACGGCCUUCUCCCAGCCUGGAGAAGGCCACGCCCAGGGCUGGGGGGGGGGCAGGGCCUCCGCGCCCCUUUCUCCGGCCGCGGCCCUGCCCCGCCCUCCCGGCGCCACCUUUUUGGUUUUGUUUCGUUGAUUUCACUUUCCGAGACUGUGGUGCUCUUUUUUUUUUCUUCUUGUCAUUGUCAUUAUUGUAGGGUUAGCGUUUUCCUUGUUGUUGGGUUGUUACGCGCACACGCCCCCCCCCUCAAAGCCUGGCGCCCCCCCAGCCAGCCCCACUUUUGGGGGUAUCUGACGUCCCUUUCCCAUCCACCUCUCUUCCAGUGCGAUGUGGACCCUCAGAUUGCUCCCCCAUUAGCAACCAGCCUGGUACAUGGCAAUGGGGAUCCAAGUUAGCCCCCCCAAAUCCCUGGGGUGUUUACCCGACCCCAUGGCAGCUACUGGAGCAACCCUCUUUUAGGAGCACCCUGUUUUUAAUGGGGGGGGGUUAAAAACACUGUGACUUGGAUAUACUUGGAUUCCCACUUUCCCGCCUGUAAUAUGGGAGGGGGGGGAUCUGUGGGAGAUGGUGGAGCAGGGGGAUACUCCAGUAGAAAUUGGAGCCUCCCACAUUGUUUUGCAUUUGAGCUGAGCAAUUUGGGGGGGAGUGGCUCUUGGCCUUGUGUAUCUUGGCUCCUCGCAGCCCCACCCCAACCUUUGCCCCCCCUCCCGAGCCAGGAAGCCUAGGGUCUAACAUCCUGGAACUGGGGUAAAGUCUGGAGGGGCCUGAUUCUGAUUUUGCUGACACCCUGGGAAUCAGGAGACACCUCACUGAAGUCUAUGGGUGUUAAUCAGGAGUGACUCCAGUGAGGUGAAGCCACCUGGCCCUGCUGGAAGAUCAGGAUUGGGUCGCUCAGAAGAGGGAUUUUUGGUGAAGGAGGUGAGGGGGGCAGCCAGGUGGGAUGGGUUGGUUCCAGGCUUUGGGGCAUGUGUAUUUUUUCUAUCGUCUCCUCUGCCCGUGUGCGUCCGGUUUCUUCCGGCACCCUCUGGACAUAAACACGUCUGGUAACACA